AUGCCAGCCCCGACCGCCGGCGGCGAACCGGACAAGGUGCUCUUCUGCAAAGCCAAGGAGGAAAUCCGUGCAGGACACAAAGGGUCGGCGGGCGGCGGUGGCCAGGAGCCGCAGGGCGCGCGCGCGGCGCGCGGGGAGCGUCUGACCAUCGUCUGGAGGAACGUGGUCGUGAUGAGCCUGCUGCACUUAGGGGCUGUAUACUCUUUGGUGCCCAUCCCUAACGCCAAGCUGCUCACUCUGCUGUGGGCCUACUUCUGCUUCCUCCCUACUGCUCUGGGUGCGACGGCUGCUGCCCAUCGCCUGUGGAGCCACAGGUCCUACAGGGCCAAGCUGCCUCUCAAGAUAUUUCUGGCUGCUGCCAACUCCAUGGCUUACCAGAACAACAUCUUCGAGUGGGCCAGGGACCAUCGAGCCCACCACAAGUACUCAAAGACAGAUGCGGACCCCCACAAUGCCCGCCAAGGCUGCUGCUUCUCCCACAUUGGGUGGCUGCUAGUUUGCAGGCAUCCAGAUGUCAUUGAGAUGGACAAGAAGCUUGAUCUGCUUGCUGACCCUGUGGUCCAGUUCCAGAGAAAGUACUACAGGGUCAAUGUGGUGCUCAUGUGCUUUGUGGUCUCUGCUCUGGUGCCCUGGUACAUGUACGGAGAGAGUCUAUGCAAUUCCUACUUCUUGGCUUCCAUUCUCCGAUACACUAUUGCCCUCAGCACCUGGAUGGUCAACAGCACUGUUUACAUGUAUGGAAAGUGGCCUUAUAACAAGCGUAUAAGCCCUUGGCAGAAUCCAUUUGUCACUCUGGGAGCCAUUGAUGAAGGCUUCCAUAAUUACCACCACACUUUCCCCUUUGACUACUCUGCGAGUGAAUUUGGCUUAAAUUUCAACCCAACCACCUGAUUCAUUGACUUCAUGUGCUUCCUGGGACUGGCCACCAAGCAGAUGAUCGAGGCCCGCAAAGCCAAGACUGGUGAUGGCAGUGCCUGA